AUGGGAAGAGGUGCAGACUUCUGGCGGGAGUUUAACGCGUGUCUUUAGGACGCAUAGUACACAUAGUUUUAUGAGGAAAGCUGAGCGUCUUGGGGGAUAAGUUUUCUGCUCCGAUCGCUAGAUUAAAGAGAUGGCUGAACAGAGAAAGGAAAUAGAGGACGUGCGCAGUAACGGAACAGUGAAAUUUAACUGUACAAACGGUGUACCCGAAACUUCACACCCAGGAACCGGAGAGCAGGGUAUCCGUCCAGUGCAGAACGGCUUGAAGGCACCACAACGAUUCACCUUCAGCGCAGAACCCACCAUGGAAGACAUCCGACGGCUGCAGGCCGAGUUCACGGACGAGCGGGACUGGAACCAGUUUCACCAGCCCAGGAACCUGCUUCUCGCUCUUGUCGGGGAGGUGGGAGAAGUGUCAGAGCUGUUCCAGUGGCGAGGGGAAGUGGCCGAGGGGUUGCCCGGCUGGACGGAGCGAGAGCGGGAGCAGCUGGCCCAUGAACUGAGCGACGUGCUCAUCUACCUGCUGGAACUGGCAGAGAAGUGCCACGUUGACCUUCCCCAAGAAGUGCUCCGUAAAAUGGCUCUCAACCGGCUCAAGUACCCGGCCAGCAAGGUGCACGGCUCGGCUAAGAAGUACACGGAGUACCAAGACUAAACUGAAGAGAAAGUUACCCUGUUCCCUCGACACUUUUUAUGAUUGAUACCGUUCUUCCCGAGUUUGCGCUUUGAUUAGGGGAGAUUUGAUAAAGCACUGUAUCUACCGUGAUACUCCCUAACUACAUUUGGAGUUAGAAUAACUAUUUUAUAUUUUGAUGGAUCUAUGGGGUGUGUGCUGGAAUGCGUUACUAGCAAGGUCACGGAGUAAUUUUGUUUUUCGGUCUCAUGAUAUCUUUUAAUAUUCGAUGUUAUUUUGUUUUUAAUGGUAAUCAGUUUUCUGGACCCGUGUCAGUUUAUUAUGUCAAGCGAGUCAGAUUUCAUUUCGGAUGAAUGGCGUUGCAAGGCACGGCACAGCGGAUAAAUGUGGUUGUUAUUGUGCUAGAUGCUGAAUGUUAGAUGCUAUUUUGUAAGUUUGAAUGUAAAUGAGGCUGAAAGAUAUGUUUUAACCUGAAAUUGAACCCACCC